UUACCAUUCCCAUGGCCAUUUCCAAUCCACUGCCGAAAAAACACGCAACGCGAACAAAGGACUUUCUCAGUUGAUUGCGAGGAGCGGAACCGGAAUGACUUCACCGGAUGAGUCGACUUUCUGGGAGCGGCACGAGUUGAAGUUCUACCAGUACGGCCAUGUCUACGCCCUGAUCUAUGGCCAGGUGGUGAUCGACUAUGUGCCCCAGAAGGCUCUCAAACGUGGCGUCAAAGUGCUCCUGAUUGUGUACGGCCACCUGUUCAGUUUGCUGCUGAUUGUGGUUUUACCCGGUUAUUUUUGCUACCACUUUGGCACACUAACCGAUACCCUCGAUCUGCGCCUGCAAUUGCUCUUCUAUGUGACCUUCGCCAACACGGCCAUUAAGUAUGCCACCGUGAUUGUGACCUAUGUGGCCAAUACCGUCCACUUCGAGGCCAUCAACCAGAGGUGCACUGUGCAGAGGAUGCACCUGGAGCGGGAGUUCAAGAACGGGCCGCAGGAGCCGAGGAAACCCUUCGAGUUCCUCAUGUACUUCAAGUUCUGUCUGAUCAACCUGAUGAUGAUGGUGCAGGUGUGCGGGAUAUUCCUGCAAUACGGCGAGACGGAGAAGGGUGCGAUGAACCAGGUGCGGGUCCACUUCUCCAUCUACGCCUUUGUGCUGUGGAACUACACGGAGAAUAUGGCGGACUACUGCUACUGGAUCAACGCCUCGGUGCUGAAGUACUACAGGCAGCUCAACCUCCAGUUGGACGCACUCAGGCAGGAGGUGGACAGGCUGAGACCAGGCGGCGGAAUGCUCCUCCAUCGCUGCUGCCUGCUGAGUGACCGGCUGGAGGAACUGCGUCGCCGGUGCCGGGAGAUCCACGACCUACAGCGCGAGAGCUUUCGCAUGCACCAGUUCCAGCUGAUUGGACUCAUGCUGAGCACCUUGAUCAACAACCUGACCAACUUCUACACCCUGUUCCACAUGCUGGCCAAGCAGUCGCUGGAGGAGGUCAGCUACCCGGUGGUCGUGGGCUCCGUCUAUGCCACCGGCUUCUACAUUGACACCUACAUAGUCACCCUGGUCAACGAGCACAUCAAACUGGAGCUGGAGAACGUCGCCCUCACCGUGCGGAGAUUCGCCGAGCCACCGGCCAGGGAUGAGCGGCUCACCAGGGAGGUAAUUGAUUUAUUAAGAUUGAUUUAAUAAAUUCAAUAAAUAUACACGAGCAUUUUAAAUAGAAUAAGAUUUCGUAU